AUGAAGGACCUGAAUGAAGAGCAGAAGAUAACAUGGAGCAAAAUGUGUGAAGAGCUGAAGGAGAAAAGGGAAGAGCUGGAGAAGGUAAAGAAGGAGAUGAACGAAAUGCUGGAAGAGGAACGUGCUGAGGUACAAGGAUUAAAGGAUGUGAUCUGGGCCCUCUCCGUAAAAGAGCGUCAAAGCAAUCAUGAGAUACAGGAAGCACGCAGUGAAUUGAUCAGGGUAUUGAGAGAUUUAUCAGACGAGAGAUCCACGAUCAGAGUCAAGCGCAUGGGAGAAUUAGACGAAAAGGUCUUUGUGAAAGCUUGUAAGGGGAGAUUCUCCGACGAAAAAGCUGCGGCGCAGCAUGACAUGCUUUUCUCGACAUGGGAGGAAUACCUGAAAGAUCCAGCGUGGCACCCAUUCAAACACGUGGGGACUGAAGAAAAUAUCACGGAAGUGGUGGAUGAAGACGAUGCGAAACUUAAGAAACUGAAAGAAGAUUGGGGUGAAGAAGUGAAGAACGCAGUCAAGAAGGCACUCGAGGAAAUCAAUGAGUUUAACCCAAGUGGCCGGUACAUAGUUCCGGAACUCUUGAACUUUAACCAAGAGAGAAAAGCCACACUCAAAGAAGGGAUUGCUCAACUGACGACACUGAUCAAAACUCACUAA